AUGGUCAAGGUUCUCCUCACUGGUGGUAGUGGCUUUAUCGCGGCUCAUAUCGUUGAUAUUCUUUUACAACGUGGUUAUGAUACCGUGGUGACCGUUCGGUCGGAGGAAAAGGGUAAGCGCAUUCUUGACGCUCACCCGGACACCCCCAAAGAAAAGCUUUCCUAUGUCAUUGUCAAGGAUGUUGCUCAGGAUGGAGCAUUUGAUGAGGCUGUCAAGUCAAACCCGCCUUUUGAUUAUGUUCUCCACACGGCAUCGCCAUUCCACUUUAACGUCAGUGAUCCCGUGAAGGAUUUCUUAGAUCCUGCAAUCAAGGGAACUACUGGUGUUCUCAAAGCCAUUAAGGCCUACGCUCCCUCCGUAAAGCGGGUUGUGGUCACUUCAUCUUUUGCGGCCAUUGUCAACAGCAAGCAACACCCAAAGGUCUAUAGUGAAAAGAGCUGGAACCCUGUAACAUGGGACGAGGCGCUGGAUCAUUCACAAGUCUAUCGGGCUAGUAAGCUAACAUGUACUCUUUUCAAGACCUUCGCUGAGAAAGCAGCGUGGGACUUUGUUGAAAAAGAGAAGCCUAACUUUGAUCUUGCUACCAUCAACCCACCCUUGGUUUUCGGUCCCAUCGUUCAUUACCUGAACUCUCUGGAGGCUAUCAACACUUCUAAUCAGCGGGUACGGGAUCUGAUCCAAGGCAAAUUCAAGGAGAAGAUCCCCCCGACAGGAACCUUCCUCUGGGUGGAUGUCCGUGAUGUUGCAUUGGCACAUGUCAAGGCCAUUGAGGUUGCUGAGGCUGGUGGUCAGAGGUUCUUCGUCGUGGCCGGUUAUUUUUCUAAUAAGCAAGCCGCCGAUACCCUUCGUGAGACACACGCCAAGCUAGAGUCGAAGCUUCCUUCUGCAGAUGCAGUGGAUGACUUGCCCAGCAACAUUUACGAGUUCGAUAACAGCAAGUCCCGGGAAGUGCUGGGAUUGAAUUAUCGGUCAUUCAAGCAGACAAUCUUGGAUACAGCCGACUCUCUGCUAGAAGUUGGUGCUUGA